CUGUCGGGCGGGAGGAUGUGUUCGGUGUUUUUUUGUGUCUGAGAGACCUGAAAUUGGUGGCAGUGGGAGGCUCACUGAUUUGAGGGUUGUUGCUUUUCUUUAGCGAUCGAUUUGCUUUUGUAUGGGCCAGGCGUUUUUGACUAUUCUUCAAGCGGGUUUGGGGAUUAUGGCGUUCUACGGGAAAAGGCAGACACAAGCAUACGGGAAAAGGUCACUGCCAGGGAUGGGGAUUGCUUUCUUUUAUUGGGUGAGGAGUAUUGCUAUUGCUAGUUGGGACUUGAUCAUCAUGGAUGUACGGGAUGAACGUGAUAGUGCUAGCAAGAUUGCUAUCAAUCUUAGAGUCUAAUCAACGGACUUGGUGAUAUCUCGGCGGUGGCUGGUUCUUAGGAGGUGGUGCUUAUUAUGGCCAAGUGCAUUUCCCGG